UGUGUGUGUGUGUGUGUGUCUUGCUCAGGAAGCCGGGGAGGGGAGGCGUGUGGAGGUGGCGCGUGCCCAAGCAGGCUCCACCCCUUUCUCUUGUGGGAAUUGACUUCGUGCAUGUGCCUUGUCCAACCACUGUAGCAUGGAUACUGGCCAUGGUGGACAUGCCAAGUAAUCCAAGGCCGUGCCACUUUCCCACCCAUUUUCGCCCAAGCUAUGCGCUGCUUCCUGCCCCUAACAUCUUGAGCGUGGCUGUGAGCUGUGAGCUGUGAGCUGUGAGCACGCCGCAUCGCAACAUUGCUCACGCAUGUGCCACUGAGACGAACCUCGUUGCUUCAUCUUUGGGGCACGCGUUUCUUUACUUGUCGCUGCACCCGCACACCAUUCUCAUGUGGGGUGACCAGAUCUUGCACGAGCCGCUACAAGUGCGACAGGCCUGUGCCCUGCCUGAUUGCGUACGCUGCCAAUGCUACCAAGAGCGUCGAGCCCUGAGCGUGGCCCGCUGGCGUGCCCAGCGCAGCGCCACCUCUUCUGCUCGUUUGGAGACAGCCAUGCGGCUCCUGGCUCUGGGGCGCGUCACCCGUGAUCCUCUCGAGAGUUACCGGCCCACCUUGCUGCACAUCCCGGAACUCCGCGCGCCCCCACUCAUGACCGAGGAGUCGUGCACGUCUUGCUGUGCACAUAUGCUUCAGGCAGCCCGUGCCGCAACGACGGCCCUGCAGAUGGACUAUGAACAGCUCUUGGCCGAGGCAGACUCCAAUUCAUCUUCAUCAGGACCCUCAUUCUGGAAACACAAUCAAACAGACCAAGGCCAAUGGCUAGUAGCCAUGUUAGUGGACCAAGGGCGCUGUAACAAUGAACUUUGGGCCGCUUGCCCAGGCGCCGCAGCUUUGUUGCGCCUGCUACAGUCGGACGUUUGUCGCUGCGUGUUUGGCAACGCCUUCUUCUCUGUGCUCGACCCCGGUGCCAAGAUUGAGCCGCACACGGGACCAGCCAAUGCUCGCCUUCGCCUGCACAUUCCGCUCAACGACACCCCUGCAAUCCUGCGCUGCGGCGGUACUCAAACGCAUUGGCGAGUUGGUGAGCCCUUUUUGAUGGACGACAGUUACGAACACAGCGUUGAAUACUGCGCACCUCCCGAUGUACGUGUAUCUGCCUGGCAGCUCCUUUAA